AUGAACCAUAUACCGUCAUCUUCAUCCUCAUCUGCCACUCCACCAAACCUAUUAGUGCAUCCUGCAAGAUCCGCUUCCAACAUCUCUUCGAACACGCAGAGCACAUCAACACUCACUCCUGCCAUAAUUCCGCUUGACUACAAUUAUCAAACGAUGUCACCGUCUUCAUUAUCACAAUUUCGCAACGACUGCAUUACAUCUCCGGUUACCACAAACACAAACACAAGCGCUUCCUAUAAUUUGCAUCCACAUUCACGCCUCAGCAGUGCUCGUCCCUCCGGUACCGUUUCAGUCGAUGUUGAGCUGGAUAAUCAGUACAGCAGCCUUUUCGGAGAUCCGGUUCCACCUCCGCCACCGCCUGAUUUUCUCACUACACAGUUUGAUCCUGUAAGCCUUUUUCGGCCAUCAUCGUUGGAUAUCAGUUCCGGUUCUGAUGAAGAUGCUACUGGGCGCCUCGUAUCUUUGGAAACUGAUCGACCUGCAAACACACGACUAUUUUCCAAUGUGCCUUUUAGCUCGCUUUUUAGUAGACGCAGCUCCGACACGAUACCUCAGCGAAAUUUCGCUGUACUGCCCACGCCACUGCCUCGCCUUCAACCCCCAGAUAUUCAAAUAUUACCUAAUUCAAGUGGUGGAUCUAGUUCUGAGGCACAUGAGUCACCGAAUUAUGCUCUGCUGACGCCAGAUAAUGUGACGCAUCGCCACUCUGUGUACGACGCAACUGAUGCACCUGAUGUCACAGAAAUCAUAGAGUCAUUGGAAGUAAGGGAUGCGAAGGGCGUACGUGAAUAUUCCGAAGCAACGCGACGCGUGUCAAACUUUAGUGAAGACUUUAAAUCGAAUGUUGGUGCACUAAGUAACACUCAAGAAACCGAAAUAGUAGACUUACCUUCCCCUGCAAAUCACUCAUUUCCUCAUCAAUUUUCUAAUGAACAUUAUGCGAGUAGCGAGUGGUUUCGACCAGCUGCACAAGACUAUCCCGAAUUCAGUAAAAUACCAAGACUGCGCCCCAGUUCAAAGAAUAUUAUGUCGAUUAAGAGGGAAGAGAUGCCAAUGCACCAUUCUCCGGUGGCUGCAAUGAUAAAUGACUCCAAUGGCUCCAGCAGUGGAGAGGAACGACUUGUGGACAAAGCAGAAGCAUUUGAGCAUGAAAAUGUUGCCCUGGAUAUUUUGCAGCCACCAGAAAGGCCACCCGAUCCAUCUCCAUCGCUUCUACGUGAAAUCGAAACUGAUUUAUUGCUUUCACCCCAAGGGUAUUUGCCUCAACAGACCGGGAGAACCAUAGACAGUUUGAAUCAACAGAAUUUUCCCACACCCCCGCCACCGGCCGCACCACCACCUCCAGAUUUUUUUACUCCCUCACCAGGAGAAAAUGAAGGCUCUAUCAGACGUGAAAUGUCACCUGUUAUAUUGACAGACUCAAUAGCAACUGGCGGAGAUUUCAGAGUUGACCAACCUCGCCUUCAUAAAAAGACUUCAUUCACAAUUAUUUCUGACAAAUCACCACAGUCGUCACGAACUCAGAGUCCUUCACCCUUCAACCAGCGUUCGCCCUCAAAAAUCUCAGGACUAUCCAAUAGUUCGACCAUAAAACCUGUCGCUAAACCACGGCAGUACUUACAACAAAAAUCCUUAUCAAGUAUACAACUCAAGUUGCCACAGUUGCCCCAACAAAAAUUUCAAGGUCCCGUCGACGAUUCUCCUCGCCCCUCAGUCCAGUUUAAUAUGACCGGCCGGCAUACUCCAAAAAUGAUGACUCAACGAGGCAUAUUGCAGAAUCGCGAGUCAUUGUCAUCAUCACAAGAUAUAACACCAAUGUCGCCUUCAGCGGCGCUAACUUCAGCGUCAAAGUUACGACGCCCUGCAGCACUGCCAUCGUUUGCCAAGCCAGCAAAUGAAUCAAAAAUGAAAAGUUGUGAAGCUUUACCUUUAAUUACCUGUCCUUACCGUACUGCAAUACCGCGUCUUAAUCGCUCCAUAACGGAUUUACAUCGAGAACCAGCUGUAUUUCCGCCAGGUGCCUUGCCUCGCCCACUUAAGCCCAACCCUAAUCCAACCCGAAAACAAAAAGGUUUGCUACGAAUACUCAAUGGUGACACUUCUCAUAUACCCUUGCGUUCGAUAUGGGCUAGCAUGGAUGACCUUGCCCUAGGGAGGCAAUUAAAAACACCUCUUUCGACACCUAUUAGAGAGCUCAAAGCUCGUCGUCGAUCUAGUUCAACGUCGCCUGAGCGUCGUAGCUCAACACAAACAGCCUCAGAUCGGCGUAGUUCAAAUUUAAGCUCUAUUACAACAUCCGAUUUUAGCUUCCGCCGUUCAUCGAUAGCAGCUCAACAACAACGCAGAAAAACUGUAUGCCCACUUCCUAGCCCUAAAAUGAAACGCCGCCUAUCUUUAAUACCGGGAAUGAGUUUGACUGGUGGUCUCACAUCACGAGCAAAAAUUGCUAAACCUUCUACACUUUCUCCAAUCAUAGGCACGCCGAAUAAAGACAGUAGUACACCACAAAGUCCUGAGCAAAAUGGCCUUGGCUCACUCGCACCCUCUGAAACGAUUUCUGAUGUGACUUCUCAACGUGAUUCAUUUUCAAAGAUACCCGUCCGUCCACACCACUCUCGCCCAAGUUCCCGGUCGUCAUCCCCGUUGAAAGAAUUCACUGCCCAACUGCCUUUAGCUGAUCCAAAUUCACGAGGUACAUCUAGUCGUACUGCUUCUCGUGCGACGGCAAAAAAUGAGGCGUCACAGUCGACUUCACGUGCCAAUUCCAGACCAGUAUCACGUUCUACUUCACGGGCCUCUACGCAUCCAAUGUCACGAGCCGCUUCCCGUAGCAGUACGCGUCCGAAUUCGAGGGUGGAAAUGGCAAAAGAUAUUGCAAACUCCCGCUCCAGCUCGAGAAUGAGCAUGCGAUCGGUAAAUUCACUUGCUAGAAAUUCUUCUCCAGCUCCUGGAAAAAGAAGUGCUGAACAUUCACCGUUACCAAUACGGCGUCGAAAAUCAAUUUCUGUCAGUCCAGUCCUGAACCAAAGAUCGCGAACUCGUCGACAAUCGCUCAGUCCGCCCAACAAAAAGCGAUCGGGAAGUCGUGGACGUGAGAAGAAAAUGCGGGAGCGAUCUGAGUCACGGCAUAGUUCGCAAUCCCGCAUACCUUUAAGGGCUGGUAGUGUAACAAAACCAACACGAUCUUCAUCAAAACCAGGUGUAGUCAAACAAUCCAAAUCUCGCUCACCUGCGAAAUCCAAGGAAACUAAGAGUAUGCGUGUGGCAUCACCCACGCGAAUUUCACCAAAUCAGCGAACGAAAACAAUAAGUGCCAAAAAAGCGCAAACCUCGGUGCAUAAACCCACCUCGAGUGCUAAGCGCACGCCGUCAUCAGUGAGCAAACAGACAACAUCUGUGAAAAAAGAGCCGAGUGAUUUGCAGAAGACCGCCGGUACGAACCUCAGACGAGAGGUUUCUAAUCUACAAAAGAAGGAUGCAACGAUAAUUGGUGUUGGUAAAACCGAACUCCGCGAAAGUACAAUCGCAGCAACAAGAACAAAAAGGGCAGGCGCUAGUGGUUCUGCAGCCACAGUAGCUCUGGCAGCAAGUGGGCUCAAACGCCAAACUACCUCCAAAACUUUGGGAAAAGCAACAACUAAAAGGCAAGUGGCUGUGUUGAAAGGAAAGGGAAUCGAAAGCAAAACUAACGCAGAAGUGGGAAAAGAAACCGGUAAUGCGAAAAAAGAUGAUGCGAUGACGAAACUGGAAGAAGAGAAGUCUGCUAAUGGUAAAGAUACCGAAAGUAACUUGACAGGUAGCAGCCCUAUUGGAAUGGAGGCAGCGAAAGCAGGUGCAAUACCGGCGAGCGUGGCAGCUGGCGUUGCUGCCUCAACAACUAUUAGGGGGUCUGCAAACAUAAGCUCGGGUAGUACAGGAGGUAGCGGUUCCACUUCAACCAUAAAACGGCAACCAUCUAACGUGGGGCUCGUGCGCAUGGCCUCUAGAAUGAGCCUUCUCAGCAUGAAACGCUCCGAUAGUAAUCUCAGCAAGAAAACGACAGUGCGAUCGGUCGCAGAGGAAACUAUUACAACGUCAAAGGCAAACGGAAAACCAGCUACAUUACAGAAGAGUAAUAGUCGUACACAACUGAGAACCCCGGAAAAUGCUUCUGCUCUACCAGCAGCUAUAUUAGAAAAGUCUCAAAAGACUCUGGAGAAUAUACAAAAGACUGUAACUGUGGCAACAGAUGAAAUCCAGAAAACUAUUCAUGAAAAUCUCACCGAUUUAAAAAGUUUCGAGAGCGACAUGGGGCGUCAGUGGUCGGAUAGUGCAGGCUCGCCCACGUCAAGUGUAGCUACGGUGGUGGAGAAUAAAGCGGCUGGCAAAGCUGGUGGUGUUGGUGGUGUUGGUGGUGUAGGGGGAGGAGGUAGUGGUGGCGGUGUUGGAGAAUCAAUCGCUCGCUCAGGCACAGCUGAAGAAUCAACUACAACAGCGGGUGCUGCCAAAGUAUCGCAAAAAAAUGGUAGUAGCUCAGUUACACCUGCUGCAUCUACACAAAAAUCUCCUCUACCUCCAACACAGCCCAUCGAGGCUGAUGUAUCUGUGUUGAACGCAACUGCGCAUACCACUCAGUACGCCACUGUUGCCGCUGCGGCGGCUGCAGCUGCUACAACCGGUGCAAUGACAAUGCCACUUGCGGGCGCUGUGGAUGCCACCGUCGAACGGAAUUUCGCGUACGAUGGAGAUGGUGCGACGGACACGACGGCUGAUGGGGCGUUUAGUACAAUGCUGAUGAGUGGCGAAGCACAUGCAAACGUCACCGGGGCAAGUGGAAAUGGCCGAAAGGGACUAGGCAAUGGAGAAGGAGGCGAGGGCGAUGGUCAUGGUGAUGGUGACCAUGAUAUCAAACGGCGUUCACCAGAUGGACAAGGUGGCUCGGCUGCGGACAGUGGAAACGGCAGCCGUGAGUUCCUCAAGGAGCAGGACGACGAUUCAGCCCCACCCACAGGCUGCUGCCGUUGCUGCACGAAAUUCUGUCUGCCAUGCCGCCGUUUACGCUGCUUACGCUGUUGUUGUAGCAAAAAGAGCAAGACGGGCGAUGAGAGCGAAGAGCCUGUGCUAUUGGCGACCAGCAGCGCCUCCACUACCAAUCUAGAAGUCGUCGAUGAAGCGCGACACUCCGCGGACGGUAAAACCAAAACGAGUUGUUGGCAAAAAUUUAACUGUUGCAAACGUUGUCGCAAGCAGCCGAAGAUAAGCGCCGGCUCCUCUGAUGAACACGCAAAAAUGACGGUAAUGGCCAAGACGGAGACAGCCGCAGCUGCAGGCGCCGCCACCACUGCACCCAAACAGGGUAAAUGCGGACUCUGCAUAAGCAAGUUAUUCUGCUGCCGGCGUGUCAACAAAGUGGAUCCCACAACUGGCGAUGAAACAGAGUUGGAGAAAUGUUGCUUCUGUAUACCUUGCCGACGUAAGACGACCGGUCGCGGUGCCGCAAUUGGUUCCACUGUGUCACCGGCUGGCUCCGUAGCUUGGCAAGACCCAGAAAGUGGUAUUGCGGCUACUGAUGCCUCGGUGUUGGAGGGCACUACUUCAGCAGAAAUGCAGCCAAAACAGGGUUGUUGCAAACGUUUUUGGAGCACACUUUUGUGUUGUCGACGCAAUAAAAUUCCGAAAAUCAGCGAAAGUCGACGAGCGAGCAUGAAAGCGCCACCACCACCAAGUGAGGACACACGCCGAAAACUACAUGCCGACCUAGUGGAAUAUAACUCGAAAAUGAAGGGCGCUAUUCCGGUUCUGCCGCUUUCGUUGGCCUGGUUUUGUGUAAUCUGCAAUACCAUAUUUCCCGGAUUGGGUACUUUGUUCUCUGGCAUUUUCUGCCUCUGUGUCGGCAUUCCACGCUUCUCGCAGUACGACAGUGCCAAAGCGCGUUUCGGUUCCUUCAUCAUCAACGUCAUAGUGGCCACAGCGCAACUAUUUUGUGUGCUCUUCUGUUUUGUUGGCUGGGGCUGGUCCAUCUGGUGGGGCACCAUUAUGUUGAAAUGUGCAAGAAAACUGCAUAAAAUCAAGAAAGUUGAACGCUUGGAAAUGGAGGAGGAGCGUCGUCAAGCAGAGGCGGCGGCAGUAGCUGCAGUAACUACGACCAGAGUGCCCGCCAACUCCGGCCCCAAUGCCGCGUCGGCGCCAAUCACGACGGAAAGCUCGGCUUAAAAACGUAGAAGAUUAUUAGAGUAAACGAAAUGUAGUACGGAAUGAUCAUUAGAACACGGGCAAUUUAUAUUAUAUUAGAGUUUUGGUAAACAUUAAAAACUUCCAAGAAACUUCCAAUUUGGUAAUAAAUGUGACCAUAUAAAAAAUCUUCCCUGAAACAACUUCCGUUAAUGAAAUGGUGUUAAAAUUUUCAAAAUACAGUAAAAGUAGAGAUGAAGCAUAAAACUGUUCUUGUCAGUUGCACGUUUGAGUCGUUGAGAGCCAAUUUGAAUAUCAGCAAAAUAGACUAUAAUAUUUGUUGAAAAAUAGUGCCUUAAUUCUAACAUUAAUUUUCUAUGCUACUAAUAUUUCGCUUUGGUGCUCAU